AUGCACGAUCACCCUAAAGCAAGUUGGAAAUCCGGCCAAGCUGCUGGCUGCGACUUCUGUAACCUUGUGACGCUCGUGAUUCAGCAUGCGAGUACUCAGCACCGACUGAAAUCCAUAGAUAUGCCCACAUUCAACGAGCAUGGCGACAAGAUUGAUACAAACAUCAGUGUAUGGUGGGGCAGAAAGUUUGAUCGUUUUGUCUUGACAAUCGGUUACUUUACACCUAUCAAGAAGGGCGAAAAUACCACAUACACGAUUACGGCCUGUCCCGAAAAGAAAACCUGGCUCCUUGAAGCACAAAGUGCCAAAUUGACGGAUAGGUCAUCACCAGCAGCGAUAAAUUUGAUCCAAUGGUGGCUGGAAGACUGCAAGAAGAGACACACUUCCUGCACAAGAGCAACCGAUGGCUUCAUGCCGAGUCGAUUAUUAAAGAUCUCAGACGGCAUGGUCAAAUUGGAGCUUGACAUCCAAACAACAGAACCAUACGUUGCCCUCAGCCAUUGUUGGGGACCCACCAAGCCGAUCAAACUGUUGGAAAAUAACCUACAGGCAUUCCAACAAGGAAUAUCCGAAACAAAUCUCCCUCGGACCUUUAGAGAAGCCGUGAAAACAUCACAAAGACUUGGUUAUGAGUAUAUAUGGAUAGACUCGUUGUGUAUUAUACAGGAUAGCGAUUUGGAUUGGAAACAGCAGUCCAGUUUCAUGGCUUCUGUCUAUGGCAAUGCCGCUCUUGUGCUUGCGGCUUCUUCUUCUAGAUCGUCUGAAGAUGGAUUCCUGCGGAGAACUAAGGACAACUCUGCUCUUGAUCACUUACCAGGCAUUACUGAGACUUGUAUCAAGUUGCGGAGAAGGGGACGGAGCAGACGUAUUGAACGCUCCGUACAGUUGCGGCUGGAGAUAUUACGCUCGCAUCGCGGCCCUCUGGACGAUCGCGCUUGGGCGUAUCAGGAAGAAGCAGUGGCGAAGCGAUAUCUAUCAUUUGGAAAUCUCGAAAUGAUGUGGUGUUGCACAGAGGCCAUACAUUCAGAGUUUGGCAGUCACUCUUCGCAGCAUGUGGAAGCGUACAUGCGAAUGAAAUUAACAACAUUGUUUACUUCUAUAACCGAUCCUCGAAGUCUGGGAACCUACUGGCGACGAACCAUCGUUUUCAUGUACAGCUGUCGAAAAUUGACGUAUCAGUGCGAUAUUCUUGUAGCGCUAUCGGCUAUUGCACAAGCGUUUCAUUUCAAGGCGAAUUUAACUUAUCUCGCUGGACUAUGGAAGGAGGAUCUGCUCCGAGGACUUUCUUGGUACAAUAAACGCAGGUCUGCUUCACAACAGCAGUACUGUCCGUCUUGGAGUUGGACUUCUGUUGGCGGAACGUCUCAGUACUAUGAUUACUUUGGUAGUCUAAAUGAUGAUUCUGAGCCAUGCGCCGUGGUUGUUCAAGCUGGUACAAGUCCUGCAACAACCAACAUAUUUGGGCCCGUCUCCGAUGGUCUGGUUGUCCUACGAGGGCCAUCAGCGAUGGCGACUCUGAAACUCAAUACGACAGGCGAAAUACUUCAAGCAACGUCAGAGACAUUCAACGGGGUAUGGUCGCAAUUCUAUAAGCUAUCGUUGCAAGGGGGGGUAUACCAAGACACGCCACUGGUAAAAACAAGUGUCUUGCUUCGUGACGGCACACGGGAAAUAUCAGCCAGAAGACUUGCUUUCGGGGAGAGUAUCCAAGCACAAGACGAUCUGCAAACUCUUGAAAAUCAAACGACAAAUGUCUGGAUUCUACCAUUACACUUUGUGAGUGACGGCUCUGAAAUACGUUUACAAAUUCUUGUGUUGGGUCGCGACGAGAUGGAUCCAGACCGUUUCCAGAGACUUGGUCUUAUCAGUCAGCGUGUGCGCAUUGAGGGAAAAGACAAAAUCGAUACAUUUCAUAAGGUUAUGCAACGGGAGAUGGUCUGCCGUGAGUUUACGAUAGUUUAG